UUCUGCCCGGAACUGUAGUUAUUGUCACCGUUGUAGGCAGCGCAGUUUAUGAUGAAGGACUGUGAAGUCAUGAGGACGUAAAUAAGUAGGCUAGAUAUGUAUUUAAACCUAUUAACCCGUAAAAACUGAGGAACUGGCCAUACUUUUUGGCUCCAGAUGGAGAUUUUAGGUAGCACGUUUGAUGACUCGGUCUUUUCGGAAGCCAGAGACCGAGUGUGCGAGUCUCUGUCCUCAUACAACGCCAAAGUGUGUGAACCAGAGUGGUUUUGUGAAAGCAGUGCCCUUGAUACCGAGGAUUCUUUGGAGAAGCAGAAAGUGUACAAGUUUAGAGGUGACUUGGCUUUAAGACAAGGGAACUAUCAGGGAGCCUUGGAGGCGUACAGCAGUUGCCUGCAGUGGAUCGCCGACAACAACCUGAGCAUCAGAAGAGACGUCCUGGAGGGAAUGGCUCGAUGCUGCACCAAACUGGGACUGAGACACAAGGCGCUGGACUUGGUUGAUAUACUGAGCAAAGAAGCAUCCAACACCUGUCACCUGACCAGCCUCCUGCUCCUUAAGGUCAGCAUCUACCAGCAUUUUGGGGCGGUAGGAUCCCAGAUGUCAUGUCUGCAGCAGCUGUGUAGUUUGCUGCCCUUUAACCCCUGGCAUUGGUUCAACCUGGGACAGACAUGUUUGCAGCUGCUGGCCAGUAACACACACACGGCAGCUGAGCCUAUGGUUGGAGAGACUAAGCAGCUGCAGGAAGAAACAGCAGAGCUCAGUGAGGACUGGCUCUGGCUCAAAGCUUCUGUCUGUUUUAUCAGGACAAGACUCCUGUUGGGAAUCCUUCGGCAGCAGCAGUCCUCCUUUGUGUUGCAGCGCACUGAAAAUGUCCUACAGAAGACAGAGGAGAUGUUGCAGCAACUAAAUCCUAAAGAAACAACACUGCAGGCGCUAACUGAGGUGAUGUCAGAGGACCUGAUCCCAGAGAAGAUGAGGGAGGACUACCAGGACGGGGAGAGUCUGGCCAGUGUGUGUUUGCAGAGCUUCAGAGAGCGCUGGUGGAACAAGAUCUUACUAACAGGCCUAUUACAGACUGAUCGGGUAGAGAGUCCUUAGGACAGGAUGUGACUGAAGACCUGAAAGAUUUCAAACAAAUAUCAGCUUAAAGUGUUUCAAAUCUUAAAGGUGUGUAUGAAUGUAGAUAUACACACAUACACACAUAUAAAAGCAACAUUCAGA